AUGGACUUCACCGCGCAGCCCAAGCCUGCCACUGCCCUCUGUGGCGUCGUGAGUGCCGAUGGGAAGAUCGCCUACCCUCCGGGGGUGAAGGAGAUCACCGACAAGAUCACCACCGACGAAAUGAUCAAGCGGCUGAAGGCCAUAGCAGAGAGCUGGAUCGGAAGUGGAGCAGCCAGGACUUGAACCAGCGCCCAUAUGGGAUACUGGCACCGCAGGCGUUAGCUUUACCCCCUACACUGCAGAGCCGGCCCCUAGAUGGUAGUAAAAACUUUUAUGGAUAUGGAUCAGGACUCAGAAGACGAAAAACAGCAGUAUCUCCCACUAGCCUUGCAUCUUGCAUCUGAAUUUUUCCUCAGGAACCCCAAUAAAGAUGUGCGUCUCCUUGUAGCAUGUUGUUUGGCUGACAUCUUUCGAAUCUAUGCCCCAGAAGCCCCAUAUACUUCCCACGAUAAACUUAAGGACAUAUUUUUGUUUAUCACCAGACAAUUAAAAGGUUUGGAGGAUACAAAGAGUCCGCAGUUUAACAGAUACUUUUAUUUAUUAGAGAAUUUAGCUUGGGUUAAAUCAUAUAACAUCUGCUUUGAAUUGGAAGAUUGCAAUGAAAUUUUUAUUCAACUUUUUAGGACUCUCUUCUCAGUGAUCAACAAUAGCCACAAUAAGAAAGUACAAAUGCAUAUGCUGGAUUUGAUGAGUUCUAUCAUCAUGGAAGGUGAUGGAGUUACUCAAGAAUUAUUGGACUCCAUUCUUAUUAACCUCAUUCCUGCACAUAAGAACUUAAAUAAACAGUCCUUCGACCUUGCAAAAGUUCUCUUGAAAAGAACAGUCCAGACUAUUGAGGCAUGCAUUGCCAAUUUUUUCAAUCAAGUCCUGGUGCUGGGAAGAUCAUCAGUAAGUGAUUUGUCAGAACAUGUGUUUGAUCUGAUUCAGGAACUUUUUGCUAUAGAUCCUCAUUUAUUGUUAUCUGUCAUGCCCCAGCUUGAAUUCAAACUGAAGAGCAAUGACGGGGAAGAGCGAUUAGCUGUUGUUCGGCUUCUAGCUAAAUUGUUUGGCUCUAAAGAUUCUGAUUUGGCAACGCAGAAUCGUCCUCUUUGGCAGUGUUUUCUUGGACGAUUUAAUGACAUUCAUGUUCCUGUAAGAUUAGAAAGUGUGAAAUUUGCCAGCCACUGUUUAAUGAAUCACCCGGAUUUAGCAAAGGAUCUCACAGAAUAUUUGAAGGUUAGAUCACAUGAUCCAGAAGAAGCUAUUCGUCACGAUGUCAUUGUUACUAUAAUAACAGCUGCCAAAAGAGACCUUGCCUUAGUAAAUGAUCAAUUGCUUGGCUUUGUAAGAGAAAGAACACUGGAUAAACGGUGGCGAGUAAGAAAAGAAGCUAUGAUGGGUCUGGCUCAACUUUAUAAGAAAUACUGUCUACAUGGUGAAGCAGGAAAGGAAGCUGCAGAAAAAGUCAGCUGGAUAAAGGACAAACUUUUGCAUAUUUAUUAUCAGAACAGCAUCGAUGACAAACUUUUGGUAGAGAAAAUCUUUGCUCAGUACCUUGUCCCCCAUAACCUGGAAACAGAAGAGAGAAUGAAAUGCUUAUAUUAUUUAUAUGCUAGUUUGGAUCCAAAUGCUGUAAAAGCUCUCAAUGAAAUGUGGAAGUGUCAGAACAUGCUUCGGAGUCAUGUACGUGAACUGUUAGAUUUGCACAAGCAGCCUACAUCAGAAGCUAACUGUUCUGCUAUGUUUGGAAAACUGAUGACCAUAGCAAAGAAUUUGCCCGACCCUGGCAAAGCACAAGAUUUUGUGAAGAAAUUUAACCAGGUUCUUGGUGAUGAUGAGAAACUGAGGUCUCAGUUGGAGUUAUUAAUCAGCCCAACCUGUUCAUGCAAACAGGCAGACGUUUGUGUGAGAGAAAUAGCUCGGAAACUUGCAAAUCCUAAGCAGCCAACAAAUCCUUUUCUAGAGAUGGUCAAAUUUCUGUUGGAAAGAAUUGCACCUGUGCACAUUGAUUCAGAAGCCAUAAGUGCACUUGUAAAAUUGAUGAAUAAAUCCAUAGAGGGGACAGCAGAUGAUGAAGAGGAGGGUGUAAGUCCCGAUACUGCUAUUCGUUCAGGACUUGAACUUCUUAAGGUUCUGUCUUUCACACAUCCUACCUCGUUCCACUCUGCAGAGACAUAUGAGUCCUUGUUACAGUGCCUGAGAAUGGAGGAUGAUAAGGUAGCAGAAGCUGCUAUACAAAUUUUUAGAAAUACAGGCCACAAAAUAGAAACAGAUCUUCCCCAGAUUCGAUCGACCUUAAUACCCAUCUUACAUCAAAAAGCAAAGAGGGGUACUCCACACCAAGCAAAACAGGCUGUGCACUGUAUACAUGCCAUAUUCACAAAUAAAGAAGUCCAGCUUGCGCAGAUUUUUGAGCCACUCAGUAGGAGUCUGAAUGCUGAUGUACCAGAACAACUUAUAACUCCGUUAGUUUCUUUGGGCCACAUUUCUAUGUUAGCACCAGAUCAGUUUGCUUCCCCAAUGAAAUCCGUAGUAGCAAAUUUUAUUGUGAAAGAUCUGCUAAUGAAUGACAGGUCAACAGGUGAGAAGAAUGGUAAAUUAUGGUCUCCAGAUGAAGAGGUUUCCCCUGAAGUACUAGCAAAGGUACAGGCAAUUAAACUUCUAGUAAGGUGGCUGUUGGGUAUGAAAAACAACCAGUCUAAAUCUGCCAAUUCAACUCUUCGGUUAUUAUCAGCAAUGUUGGUUAGUGAGGGUGACCUGACAGAGCAAAAGAGGAUCAGUAAAUCUGAUAUGUCUCGCUUGCGAUUAGCUGCUGGUAGUGCCAUAAUGAAGCUUGCUCAGGAACCUUGUUACCAUGAAAUUAUUACCCCAGAACAGUUUCAGCUCUGUGCACUUGUUAUUAAUGAUGAAUGUUACCAAGUAAGGCAGAUUUUUGCUCAGAAGCUACAUAAGGCACUUGUGAAGUUACUGCUCCCAUUGGAGUAUAUGGCGAUCUUUGCCUUGUGUGCCAAAGAUCCUGUGAAGGAGAGACGAGCACAUGCACGACAGUGUUUGCUAAAAAAUAUCAGUAUACGCAGGGAGUACAUUAAACAGAACCCUAUGGCUACUGAGAAAUUAUUAUCACUGUUGCCUGAGUAUGUAGUUCCAUACAUGAUUCACCUGCUAGCCCACGAUCCAGAUUUUACAAGAUCACAAGAUGUUGAUCAGCUUCGUGAUAUCAAAGAGUGCCUAUGGUUCAUGCUUGAAGUUUUAAUGACAAAGAAUGAAAAUAAUAGCCAUGCCUUUAUGAAGAAGAUGGCAGAGAAUAUCAAGUUAACCAGAGAUGCCCAGUCUCCAGAUGAAUCCAAGACAAAUGAAAAACUUUAUACAGUAUGUGAUGUGGCUCUGUGUGUUAUAAAUAGUAAAAGUGCUUUGUGCAAUGCAGAUUCACCAAAGGACCCAGUCCUCCCAAUGAAAUUUUUUACACAGCCUGAAAAGGAUUUCUGUAAUGACAAGAGUUAUAUUUCAGAAGAGACAAGAGUACUUCUAUUAACAGGAAAGCCAAAGCCUACUGGAGUACUAGGUGCGGUAAACAAGCCUUUAUCAGCAACGGGAAGGAAACCCUAUGUUAGAAGCACUGGCACUGAAACUGGAAGCAAUAUUAAUGUAAAUUCAGAGCUGAAUGCUGCAACCGGAAAUCGAUCAAGGGAGCAGAGUUCAGAGUCAGGAGAAACUGGAGUUAGUGAAAAUGAGGAGAACCCUGUGAGAAUUAUUUCUGUUACUCCUGUAAAGAAUAUUGACCCGGUAAAGAAUAAGGAAAUUAAUUCCGAUCAGGCUACCCAGGGCAACAUCAGCAGUGACCGGGGAAAGAAAAGAGCGGUACCAGCAGCCGGUGCUGAGAACAUCCAGCAAAAACCAGAUGAGAAAGAAGAUGAAUCAGGGCCACCUGCCCCGGCCAAACCCAGGAGAGGACGUCGACCCAAGUCUGAAUCUCAGGGCAACGCAACCAAAAAUGAUGAUGUAAAUAAACCUGCUAGCAAAGGAAGGAAGAGAGCCGCAGGCAGUCAGGAGAGCCCUGGGGGCUUGGAAGCAGGUAAUGCCAAAGCACCCAAACUGCAAGAUGUAGCCAAAAAGGCAGUACCAGCAGAGAGACAAAUUGAUUUACAAAGGUAAAAAGAAAACUCAUAUGCAAAGGGAGAAAAUGAAGGCCAAACUGAAGCAUGCCCCAGCUUCUGCAAAAACUUGGAUUCUACAUGUCUGAAUAGAGAAUGAAGUUCACUUAAUACACACUUUCUGCCUUGAAAACUGAAAGAAACUAUGACUUCCUUUUCACAUGACCACAAAUCCUUUGAUGGAAAUGUACAGCAGAAACUCUUGAAAGAGAGGCUAAAAGCAACUCUAUUCUACCCUGUCCCCUGGACUUUUCUUAUGAAAAGUCAAUAAUUAAGCAAAUUGCUUAACAUUUGGUUCCAGUUCCUGCAUAUCUGGAGUUUAAACGCAUAAUGCACCAUUAAUUUCCAUGCUGCAGUUUUUAUUUUAAAGAAAGUAACAAGAUAUCCUUACACUGACACUGAAAAUUCAUCCAUUUUAGAGCCAGGAAUUCCCAUGUUACACAAGAAAAAAAAAGAAGUCUACUGAAUUAAUUUUUUAGAAGAAGAGAGAUCAGAUGAAAUAUUUCUUUGUUUUUCCUUUUGGAAACUUUAUGUAUAAUUCUUUCUGCCUGCCUACUUUUCUGCAAAAAUGAGAUGUACAGAUUUCAGUUCCCUGCUAUGAAAAGUGAUGUGGUGGCAAUUUUAUAAAUGUUGCUUUCUGAUUUUUAUCAGAGUGAGAAAAUAAUUAAAAUUAUUAUUGAUUUGCAAGUAGUAAACACUUCAUAUUUUGAUUUCUCCUCCAAUUUAGGUUAAUAUAAUUUUCAAUAAGUGUACAUAUUUGUUUGUUUCCUGAAGCGUAUCACUUUAAAACAGUUUUUACUCCUGUGGUUAUGUUGGAAUACUUGGAAUUUUUAAGGAGUAAAGACUGCCCAGCAUUUGGUUUUAUAAUGUUUGUCACCAGAUUUUUAUUACUGAUAUUAAAAAAAGUCAAUUUUUUAAAUAGUUGGACUUUGGCAGCUUUGUAAAGGGAAGUUGGAGGUGUUCAGGCUCCCUGUCAAUUUUCAGCAUUGUGUUAUUGGGAAAUAAGUGUUUUGUUUUUGGUUUUUGUCUGCUGGUCUGGGCUCAGUUUUAAUGUUUUUUAUUUUAGAAGACAACUGUUGCAUCACUAUAUUAUGUUUCUCGGCAUUGUUCAGCAUAGGUAAUGUGUACAUUUUGGUGUACACAAUCAUAUUUAAGUUUUUUGCAUAAAAUAAAUGCUUCUAGAUGUCAUAUGGCAGUCUUUUAAUCUUUUUAUCAUAUUUUCUUGUGAAGUUUUUCAUGUGAAAGGGCUAAAGUCAUAAACAUGAUUACAGUCAACUCUCAAUUAUCUAUAUAAAACAGUGACUGCCUCAGGUUUUCAAUUUUGUGAUAAUCAUGAACUCAAAGAACAUAAUCAAGGCACUCUGCAAGGUCUGCUGCCCGAGGAGCUUAAAAUGUUUCCCUCCUCGUACUCAAAAUGACAUCUGUUCCCAGAGUACAUGGGGCUCAUCUCCAAGCCCCAGCAGAGUUUGCUCACUUCUCCAGUGUGGGUUAAAGAAAGUAAACAACAGUGGCAUUAUAACUUGAUCUUGAUUGGCUAUAGUUUACAUAGGAUGUACAAGAAUGAAAUCAGUCUGAAAAAGGUGAUUAUUUAUGUUAGGGUGAAAUUUGCUGAUAGUGAAUGUCACUUAUGUUCUCAUAGAUAAUCAAGAGUUGGCUGUAUAUUGAUUCUGAGAGAUGGAUAAUUCUUUUAAAUAUGCAUAUAAAUAUAUAUACACACACAAUUAAAUAUCAGAAAAUGGUUAGUCAAAAAUGAAUGCCAGUGAUAGAAAACAAUCUUUUAAAAGUGCAGAAAACUUCCUGUUUGCCUUUUCAUGACCCUUUAGAAAGAAGAUAUAAAAUAUUGCCUCCAACUUGCUGACAAAAGAGUAUCUAUGCACAAAUAUCAGAGAAGUCCCUCAGGCAGUUAGUGGGCAGGUUCUAUUUUGAAGAGUUUAAAGUUCUCUUAGCAUCAGACAGCUUGAUCUUAAGGCCCCUAAUUUGUCACCAACCAAAUGUGCUUUUUCAGAGACUUUCUCUCUCACUCCUUUUAACAAAUUGCCCAAUGGUUGUUAGAUUACCAGGUGUUAAAUCAUGUUAAAUGAAAUUCAGUGGAAGCAUUUGCAUCAGCUUAUGACUGUUUAGAGUUUUGCAGGAGAGGAGUUAGCUAAAACUAAAAGUGGCCCACUCCUGACUUUAUAAAAUGAUGCAAGUGUCUGGCACUAAGGGAAGGACAAUAGAAUGGUAAAAAGAUUAAACUGAUGGGGAGGGACUUGUUUUUGGGAAAUUUGUCAGUUUUCCCUCAAAAAGGAAAACAUAAAAUCUCUUAGGAAUUUGGUAUUCACAUCUCAGAGAAAUACAACACAAAAGUGCAGACUUAAUAUUUGAAAAUUAAUGUUAACCCUUUGUGUCUAGUUUGAAGCUUCUUGUAUUUGUCUAAAACUACAAGCCAGAAUUUUGUAUCUCCUUUGAUAAAAAGUGUGUAUAAUGUAAAGUAGUUUUGCAUAUUCUUGUGCUGCACAUGGGCUGAAUUUUUAGAAUUUUUUUAAAGACUUGAAGCAGAACCUUGUAAUUUGUGUAAAUGACAAGUGUAAAAUCCUACCAUAAAAUGCUAAAAAUAUGCACUGUUUCGAAUAAAAUCAAGAAAUGCAGCAUUAUAUAGUAGUGUGGAGCCCUGAAUAUUCAUGUAUCCCUGGUAUGUCACAAGUUGACUUACUGUCUUUGCAUAUUUUCUGUUUAGAUUCUGGAGUCUGCGUAUCCAAUAAGAAAUCAAAUGCCUCCUUCAAACUUCCUCGCUAGGUACUCUGAUUUGAGAAAGAGCAUAAUGGAUGAUAAAUUCUGAUGGACAUUUGGAAAACUUCAGUUGUUCUUUAACCUCAGAACUUAAAAGCAACUUUUAAUUUUUACUGCCCUAUGACACAUCUAUUUAUUACAAAUUUUGGACUUAGUUUAGUUCAUGGAGAAUAAGCAGAUUUACACGAAUAUAUCUGGAAUCAGAAGUGAACAGAAUUAAGAGGUAAGAGAAGCUAUUAUAUUUAGUUUUGUAUUUUACCCUUCAUGGGUUUAUCGUCCCACACCGGAUGUUUGCACAAACAGCCCUUCAUUAUCCACUAGUUCUACAUCCAUAGAUUCAACCAACUGUGGAUCGAAAAUAUUUGGGAAUAAUGUACAUCUGUAUUGAACAUGUAAAAACUUUUCUUUGUGUCAUCGUGCCGUAAACAAUGGAGCAUAGCAAUUUUACAUAACACUAAUAUUGUGUUAGGAAUUAGAAAUAAUCUCGAGAUGGAUUUUAGUAUCCAAAGUGUUCCUUGAACUUAUUUUGUGUAGAUAGCAAGGGACACCUACAUUGCAGGAUUUUUAUGUUCCCCUGGAUGUACAUAAACUGUCAGUAGAAAUGCUACACCAGUACUCUCCAGCAGUAGUGACAAGCUUGCAACACUGCCAAGGUAGUAAUCAUGUCAUUGUCUAGAAGAAAAGUUUACCACAAUUCAGUGGCAGCUUAUGGGAUACAGAGUGCAAAAUCGUCAAAUACCUUUUCUACCUGUAAACUGAGGCUCCAAUUUCUCACUCCCAUAUGACUAAUGACCUCCAUUUCUUUCAUUUUAUAUCUUAUUUCAAAGUCUAAAAGGAAUGUGUACAGUUUCCGCUUCUGUGGAACACUGGCUGGCAAUUAGAACUUUGUUAUAGAGGUGUUUCUCAAAUAGUGUUUAUGGAUAGAGUGCUACCUUUAGGCCCCUUUCUUCCUUCAUUCUCUAGUUACUGUUCUCUCACAGACACCAUUUCAUUCUGAAUGUCCAUUCUCUUUAGUAAACAGCUGAAGAAGCAUGAAAAGCAACCACCUGGAGGUCAAUUACAAUGUAAGGAGCAUUGCCAAAUAUAUGGAAUCCAGUAAGAAAAUUGGGAGGUAGGGAAUAGCCAUUUUCUUCAUUGCAGAAAUUUAUUGAAACUGUACAGAUACAAUGCCAGGGGCUAACAUUAAAACACUUAACAAUGCGCUAGGUGUUGUGGUGCAGCAGGUUAAGCCAUUGCUUGCAACACCCACAUCCUGUAUCAGAGUACUUGGGGUCAAGUUUCAUCUCCUCUUCAGCUUUCUGCUACUGUGCACCCUUGGAGGCAGCAGAUGAUGGCUCAAGUACUUGGGUCCUGCCACCUAUGUAAAAAACUGGAUAUAGAGUUCCUGGCUUUGGCCUGGCUCAUCCUGACUAUUGUGGCCAUUUUGGGAGUGAACCAGCAGAUGGAUAAUCUCUGUCUGUUGCUCUUCCUUUCAAAUAAAAUUAGCAAACUUAAAAAAAAAAAAAAAAAGACUAGUAGUAUUGUUACCUUAGCAGGACCCGCAGUGCACUGCAGAUUCCACAGCACUGGCAGUCAUGACUACUCAGGCCAUGCAUAUGUGAACUCCAGAGCUCUGACAGGAGCAGUAGGAGCAGAAUGUCCUUCUCUGCCCUUUCUCAAGAGAGAGGUGCAAUUCUGAGAGCUAGCAUGAGCUUAUAGGUUCCUAAUAGAGAGACUGAACUAAGUAACCUGCCUGCCUGACAACCAGGAGCUGAGCCUGAUGAGGCAGCUCUUUACUUUUAUGGUCCCUGAGAGGUGGUGACCACAGGUAAGGAAGUGCCAGGUGAUAAAUAUUUAAGCAGUCUGAGUUCUGUGUAAGCCAUUGCUUUGGUAAGGACCUGGUCCCAACCCCCAAAUCUGUUGUCCAACAUCCCAAUCCCCAAGCCCAGCUCUAGGUUCUUUGAGAGUAUCUCCAAAGCCAAGUUCGGUGGGAGCUCAGGUGGUGUCCCUGUAAAGCACCCAGUUUAGUUUGUUCUGAGACUUUCUUUGAGGAAGAGGUCCACCACAGUAGCCACCUACCACCUGCCUCACCAGAAGAAAUCGGAAAGCCUUCCUCUUGGGAAAGGGAUUUGGCAGUUCUGCUGUCUGGUGCACCUCGCUUGUGAGUGUGUGUCCCUUCAAAGUGAAAUGUCAGCCACAGAGACAAGGGGAGUUCCUUUGCAACCACCCCAAGCUAAGAGCUGAACAGCCAACACUGGUUCCCAAAACUCCCGUACUGUGACUCUUAUGGAGGCCCUUUUGUUUCUUUUUAAAGGUUUGUUUAUUUGACAGAGACAGACCUCUCUGCUGGUUCACUUCCUAAGUAUCUGUAACACCUGGGGCUGGGCCAGACCUCUCUCUGAGUCUCUCACAUAGAAGGCAUAUUAGAAGAAAAGUAGGUAUUUGUUGUCCAAAGCUCUCAUCUUCAUUGACGCAUGAUUUCUACUUCAUUGAUAAUUUCAGUAUUCUGUCUUUAGAGUUAAAGUUACCUUAAUUUUAGGCUAGUGUUGUGAUGCAGUGAGUUGACCUGCCAUUUUAGAUGCCCACACCUCAUAGCAGAGUACCUGGUUUGCGUACCACCUGCACUGCUUCUGAUCCAGUGUCCUGCCAAUGCACCUGGCAAGACACUGGAUGUUGUCCUAAGCACUUGGGCCCUUACCACCCACAUGGGAGACCCAGAAGGAGAUCCAGGCUCAUGGGCUUGGCCUGGCUUAGACCUGGCUAUUGGAGUCAUUUGGAGAGUGAAACACCAAAUGGACAUCUUUCUUUGUCAUUCUGCCUUUCAAGUAAAUAAAUAAAUCUUAAAAAAAAAAAAUAAAGGUACAUAAGUUUUACAGUUGCAAUGGAAGGAUGGAUGAAAUUGCAAUUAUCCCAUAACAGUCAAGUCGUGGUGGGGAUGCAAAUACAUAUGGCCUUCUCUGCCUUUUGGCUUUGGGGAGAACAGGACUCUGAAAAAAAGGGAGGAACAAAUUAGAAAGAUUUCUGCUUGAUUUGACUUCCAUUUUAGAGUCCUUGCUUAUGAUUAGUAUUUGACAACAAUAAUUGAGCAGAAAGGCACAGAAAGGGCUGACAUUGCAUAGAUAGAUAGACAUACACACACACAUAUAUUUGUUAUGUAUAUAAAUUUGUUUCACAAGGCAGAGCAACAAAAGAAAAGGGAGAGAGCUUCUAUCUGCUGAUUGAUUCCCCACAUGGCCGCAACAGCCCUGUCUGGGCCAGGCCAAAGCCAGGAUCCUGGAACUCUAUCUGGGGCUCCGAAAUGGGUGCAGAAGCCCAAGUACUUGGACCAUAUUCCACUGAUUUCCCAGGCAGUCAGCAGGGAGUUGGAUCAGAAGUGAAGCAACUAGGACAGGAGCCAGCACUCAUGGGGAUGCCAGCAUCAUGAGGGGCAGCUUAACCACUGUACCACAACACCAGCUCCUUUCAGCUAGAUUCUGACACGGCAGGAAGAGUGAGUCAUGAAAGCUUGGAUUGCUUAGAUGCAACUCCUGUAAGGCCGGGUUUCUGGGUUUUUUGUUUUUUUGUUUUGUUGUUGUUGUUGUUGUUUUUAUUUACAGACUUAUUUAUUUGUUUGAAAGGCAAAGUUACAGAGAGGGAAGGAGAUACAGAAAGAUCUUCAUCUGUUGAUUCACUCACCAAAUAGCUGCAAUGAUUGGAGCUGGGCCGGGCCAAAGCUAGGAGCCAGGAACAACUUCUUGCUCUCCCACAUGAGUGCAGAGACCCAAGCACUUGGGCCAUCAGCUGCUGCUUUCCCAGGUGCAUCAGAAUAGAGCGUAAUCAGAAGUGGAACAUUUAGGACACAAACCAGUGCACAUAUGGAAUGCUGGCACAGUGUAUGGUGGCUUUACCUACUAUGCCAUAGCACCUGCCCCAAGACUGGGAUUUAAUAUCUUAGUUUCUAUGCAGAGGCACCGACCAGGUGGUGGUGGUGGGAAUAUUCCUUCAACGUAGCAGGGUCUAGAAUGCCAGACCUGGGUCUAUCAGAGAACAAGGUUCCUAAGAAGUCUUAGCCACUUUCUCCUGGGUAGUACCCAAAGGGAAGCCCAGUAAAGAGGCUGCAAAGAGGCCCCACACUGUAGUUAGUGAGCCUGCCACUUAGGCCUUCUGAGUGGUGGAACUGGUUGAUUAUAUGGAAACAAACAAACAAAAAAAUUUCCUGUCUAGGAAUUUAAGAGUUGCUUUCUGGGGUUUCAUAAUGUUCGACCCUACCAAGAUGCUUUUGUUUUUCUCAGUCCACAGACUCCCCUCCCCUCAUGGAGAAAAAGCCAACUAGGCCCCUUGAAAACAGCCAGUCAGGACCUUUGAAUACACCAUCAGUUCAAGAUUGCUGGUCUCAGGUUUCCUUAUCUGUCCUGGCCAUUUUAUUAUAGAGAAAAUGAGACACAGGAGGGCAUUUGUUCUGGUCAAGAUUGAGGUUCUCAUCCUACACCCAAACCUGAUAAAAAUGAGUUAAAGCCCAGUCCACCCAGCAAGAGUAAGGCAGAGCAGGAGUUGAACCUGAGACACCUGACCAUGUAACUCUGCUGCUUGCUUGACCAGGUUACUGAGAGGCUCACAACCUCUUUUUUUCUUUCUGUUUUGGUUAAGAUGUAUUUAUUUGAGAGGCAGAGAGGUCUUUCAUCCACUGGUUCACUCCUCAAAUGACCACGACUGAAGCUGGGCCGAUUGGAAGCCAGUUUAUUCUGGGUCUCCCGCAUGAGUGCAGGGCCCAAAGACUUGAGCCAUCUUCCACUGCUUUCCCAGGCAGUUAGCAGAGAGCUGGUUCAGAAGUGGAGCAGUACCCAGAAGGGAUGCUGCUGCCAUGAGUGGAGGCCACAGCACUGGCCCCUCACAACCUCUCUUUUUUUUUUUUUAAGAUUUUGUUUAUUUGAGAAGUAGAGUUACAGACGAGAGAGGGAGAGACAGAGAGAGAGGUCUUCCAUCUGCUGGUUCACUCCCCAAAUGGCCGCAAUGGCUGGAGAUGAGCCAAUCCAAAAUGAGGAUCCAGGAGCUUCUUCAGGAUCUCCCACAUGGUUGCAGGGGCCCAAAGACUUGAGCCAUCUUCCACUGCUUUCCCAGGCCAUAGCAGAGAGCUGGAUAGGAAGAGGAGCAGCCAGGACUGGAAUCUGAUGGCCAUAUGGGUUGUGGGUGCCACAGGCGGAGGAUUAAUCUAUUGCACCACAGCACUGGCCUCUCAGACUUGAUGGUCAUUGAAAUAUUUUGGAAGGAAAUGAAUCAUAGGAAUGAGAAGAUGUAAAGCGUUGUUAUAACACCAUUAUUGGUUACCGUUGCCUACAUGCAGGCAUUCAUUAAAUGAGAUCUUGAGGAAAUGAAGAAGAUGGAAUUAAAUGAGACCCCAUUAACUGGUGAAUGUGAAAUACUACUUAGCAAUAAAAAAAAUCCGGUACCUGUUGCGACAUAGAUGAAUCUCAAACAUUAUGCUAACUGAAAAAAAACCAGAUACAAACUACAGGUUUGUUUUUAUGAAAUUUGCAGAGGUAAAAUCUAUAGCAACAGAGAGUAAAUUUGUAGUUACCUGAUCAGCUAUAAAUGAGCUCACAAAUAUUGGAGUGAUAGAAAUGUUCUAAAACUGGAUUUUGGGACUGGCAUGGUGGCACAGCAGGUUAAACCGUGACCUGCAGUGCCACCAUCCCAUGUGGGGGCCAGUUUGAGUCCUGGUUGCUCUACUUCUAGUCCAGCUCCUUGUUAAUGCACUUGGAAAAGCAGCAACAGAUGGUCCAAGUCCCUGGUCCUCUGCCAUCCAUGUAGGAAACCCAGAAGAAGCUCCUGGGGCCUGUGCUGUGGCAAUGGGUUAAAUCCCCGGCCUGUAGGGCCGGCAUCCCAUAUGGGCACCAGUUCAAGUCCCUGCUGCCCUACUUCAGAUCCAGCUCUCUGCUAAGGCCUGGGAAAGCAGUAGAAGAUGGCUCAAGAUUUUGGGUCCCUGCACCUACAUGGGAGACCUGAAAGAAGCUCCUGGUUUCAGAUCAGUUCAACUCUGGCCAUUUGUGUUCAUUUGGGGAGUGAACCAGCAGAUGGAGGACCUUUCUCUCUCUGGCUUUACAUCUUUCUGUAACUCUGUCUUUCAAAUAAAUAUUUUUUUGAAAAAAUGGAUUUUAAUGAUGGUUUCCCAACUCAGAAAAUUUAAUAUAGAUCAUUACAUAUAUACAUACUUUUUUCUUUUUUAAAAAAAGAAUUAUUUAUUUGAAAGAGAGCUUCCAUCCAGUUGUUCACUCCCCAAAUGACUGCAACAGCUGAGGCUGGAACUAAAUCCAAGUCUCCCAUAUCCUCUUCUGCCUUCUCAGGCACAUUAGCAGGAAGUUGGAUCAGAAACAUCAGACAGAAUCAAAUUGGUGCUCAUAUGGGAUGCUGGCAUCAUGGGCAGCUGUUUAACCUACUGUACCACAAUGCCAGCCCCAUAUGUAUACUUAAAGUGGGUGGCUUUUACAAUAUGUAGAUAACUCCUCAAUAAAUGUUUAUUCAGUAUCACACACACACCCUCCCAAUUCAGCUUUACAAAGCAAAAUAGCAUUAGCUAAGUUUCUUUUUUUUUUUUUUUUUUGACAGGCAGAGUGGACAGUGAGAGAGAGAGAGAGAGAGAAAGGUCUUCCUUUGCCGUUGGUUCACCCUCCAAUGGCCGCCGCGGCCAGCGUGCUGCAGCCAGCGCACCGCGCUGAUCCGAUGGCAGGAGCCAGGAGCCAGGUGCUUUUCCUGGUCUCCCAUGGGGUGCAGGGCCCAAGCACCUGGGCCAUCCUCCACUGCACUCCCUGGCCACAGCAGAGGGCUGGCCUGGAAGAGGGGCAACCGGGACAGAAUCCGGCGCCCCGACCGGGACUAGAACCUGGUGUGCCGGCGCCGCUAGGCGGAGGAUUAGCCUAGUGAGCCGCGGCGCCGGCCGCUAAGUUUCAUUUUGUUAAAUAAUUGACAUGCCCUUUCCAAAGCACUAUAAUGAAUGAUAUUUGAGUUCAUGGAUAGCGCACCCUCCCCAUCCAUUGGUGAGCUCCCUUCCUCACAGGGUUACUCUCUGGGUCAGUCUAGUUCUUAGCUGUGAGGUCUGGAAACAGUUUUCUCCAAAUGGCUAUGGCUCCUGGAUGUCUCCCAAAAGCCAUAGACCAAAAGGCCCAGAGGCCAACACGCUCCUGGCAGCAGAUCAGUUCGUUCUCUCUGCUUGGGAAGUCUUUGUGGUCGGCUGAGUUCAAAUGAGGUCUGGGAAUGCUGGACUCUGCUGGGAGAGUAAUAGGGCGUCUUCCUGGUCGGCCUUUGAUGGCUACCACUGCUUGUGCCAUCCUUCUGUAUCCUGAUGAGCCUGGCACUGAGAUCAUGGAAAUAUUGGCCCUUACUCGACUUGAUUUCUCACCUGAAAACUAAUAACUACUUCAAAGAUUGGAGAAUAAAAUGAGCUAAGAUCCAGAAAAUAUCUACCUCAAUGCCUGGCCAGUAAUAACUGUUGACCUGCUCAGAUCAGUUAGCACUAUUUGAACAGACUGAGAAGCCCUACCUGGGAUAUCCUUGGGCAACCAGGAUAUCCUUGGGCAACAAGUGAAGAAAGGCAGACUUACGGAUAUGAUUGUGAUUCUUGCAUCUGUUUUCCAGACUCUAAGCCAACCAUUCCACUCUCUUACUAUCUUUCUUAAGCCAGGGUACUAUAACAUUCUACUUUCUCUUGUAUUCCCACACAGUUCAUCCUCAAGGAAGCCAUCUCCAUAGCAAAACUUCAUUAUUUAUUUUUGCCCAGUUCAUAACUGAACCACCCCCCCAUUUUGGGUUUUUGAGAACCUGCCCCAAGAUUCUAUUAAUAAAGUACAAACUGUUUCGCUGUAGAAACUGAGAAAUCCAUACACUCACUUUCCCAACCUCCUUUGUAGCUAGGGCCCAGACGUAUGACUUGGUCUCUGCCAGACACACACACCUUAUUUUGGGUGUGAUUGGAAUACCAUACAUUAGAGAGCACUCCCUAGUGGAUCUUGGGCAGCAGUGCCCAGUGUCCAGGAGUGAUAGUGGUGGUGGUGCAGGCUGCUUAGGGUGCUCCAGGCAUUGGCCCAGAGGCUGGAUCAUUACAGGACCAGUUCUGUGACUUGGGAUCUCUCCUGGCUCUAAAACCUCCAAGGCUAGUUUUCUGGCCUACCCUGAGAGUCUGAGCUUCUUAACCAACAUCAGUGAAUGUCUUUUAUUCUUAAGUUAGCCAGAGUUGAUUGCUGACUGGUAAUUGGUACUUGAAGUAGUCACAGCCAGCAGGUGCUCAGGGAGAGGGGGGAAUCUGAUUAGUUCUGUAGGGGGCUGUGCAGAAGGUAGUGAAAAUCUAGCCUGUGCUUCAGCAAUUGAACAGUGAUGAAAUAAUUUGUCAAGUUAUUACCUGCUGUGAACUGUGCUGAGGCACUAAUACCUAAUAUGAAUAUUUUUGGAGAUAAUUAAGUUUUAAAAAGUCAUAGACUGAAGCUCUGAUCCAAUAGGACCAGCAUCCUUAUAUUGUGUGUGUCUGUCAUGUACACACACACACACACACACACAUACACAAUUUCUAGACUAUAGAACGGUGAGAAAGUAACUUUGUUGAAGUUACCUGGUGCGUGGUAUUAUUUUAUGGCAGCCUGAGGUGAUGGAGAUAUCCCUUGAGGCCAUAUGCAAUGAGGUGUCCAUGGAAGGUAAGCUCUCUGGGAACUAAGUGCCAGUUGCCAUAGCUUACUAGGAGAAUGCAGAAGGAAUUCAGGGACUAAGCAUUUUGGAUGAUUGGCCAUGAACCUCUUACUCAUUACAUUUUUAGGACUAAGAUAGUCAAAAUCAAAUCCAAAGUUUUGUCCUUGGCGUUGCUAACCUGCAGUGUGCUGAACUCCCAGCUUCCCUGGAUUUGUCUUGUGAGCACUAAGGCACUGACCGGCAUCAUCUGAACUCCAGCAGCCCCAGCCCUCCUUCCCAGCACACUCUGACACAGUGACACAGGGCCAGCUGGGGGCACGGGAGGUUGUCCUCGCGCCAUCAGGCCUCCCCUGCGAGGCCAGCAGUGGAGGAAUGAGUCCUGCUGCUCCGAAUUUGAGCCUGUUGCUGUGCUUGCCUUCUGUACAACCCUGGUUCCAAGUGCCCUCGGUGGGGUGCAGGAUUCCAACCUCACCCUCAGCUUUCAACCUUAUCUGGGUAGCUCAAUCUUCACCCAACUUGUUGCCCUCUGCUUCACCUGUAAGGUGUUUUCUGCUGUUCUGGGCCAAUUCAGACGUAGGCAGGCUUUGGAUUCCUAGGUCUUAAGGAUGUUUCCUGGAUGAUUCUGACUCCCAGCAGUCGAACCAUCUAAUGGCCUGGCCCAGGUUCAGGAGGCUUUCUGCCUCUUACCUAAGGGACUGGGAGUUUUCUUCUUCCCCACCCUUGACUGGUGUGUGCCCAAAGAAUAUAUGUUUGGGUCACUUUACUGUAAACAACAUCAUCUCUUCAGGUGUUGGCUAAAUGCAAGGUGAGUUUGGAAUGGAUAUAGGUAAAUAAAAUGGUAAUACUCAUCUAUUUCAUGAUCAGAUGCAGUAACAAGGACUGUAACCAUGAAAUAUAGCUUCUUGCUUAAGUAACACAUAUGUUAGUUUAUUUAAAUUUUGAGAUAAUUUAUAGAUUUCUAAACUAGUUAGCUUUCUCUACAUUUUAGUACAUUUUGCAGUUAAUUUUUCAUUUUAGUCCACAGGAUCUGACUGUAAACAAAAAGAUGUUGUCCAGAAAUCCUAGAUGUGGGGCCAGACGCAGCACUGACUGCUUGGUUUGGUCCCUGAGAGUGAUCAAGCAUUUAGCACUGUGGGAUGAAGAUUACACAAUUCCAUGGGCGUUGCCUGGUUCUUUGGUCUUGCCUCUAUUGUCUUCUCCCUGGUCCUACUACAAUUAGUUUACCGUUAAUUUAGUUCCUUUUUUAAAGAAUUUCAUUUAUGGGGCUGGCACUGUGGGGUACCGGGUAAAGCUGCUGCCUACAGCACCAGCAUCCCACGUGGGCAUUGGUGUGAGUCCUAACUGCUUCACUUAAAAUCCAGCUCCCUGCUAAUGCACCUGGGAAAGCAGCAGAGGAUGGCCCAAGUCUUUGGGUCCCUUCACCCAUGUGGGAGACCUGGAAGGAGCUCCUGGCUCCUGAUUCCUAGCUUUGGCCUGGCCCAGCCCUCACCAUUGUGGUCUUUUGAGGAGUGAACCAGUAGAUGGAAAACUCUGCCUAACUGUGCCAUCUUUCAAAUAAGUGAUCAAUCUUUUUUUAAAAAACUUUCCAUAUUUUUACUUAAAUAUUAAUUUUUAAAGAUAUUUUUAUUUAUUUGACAGGUAGAGUUACAGACAGUGAGAGAGUGGUUCACCCCCCCAAAUGGCCGCUACAGCUGGCGCUGUGCCAAUCCGAAGCCAGGAGCCAGGCACUUCCUCCUGGUCUCCCAUGCAGGUGCAGGGUCCAAGCACUUGGGCCAUCCUCCACUGCCUUUCUGGGCCACAGCAGAGAGCUGGACUGGAAGAGGAGCAACCCGGACUAGAAUCCAGUGCCCAUAUGGGAUGCUGGCGCUGCAGGUGGAGGAUUAGCCUAGUGAGCCACGGCACCGGGCCCCUAAAGAUUUAUUUAUUUAAAGUCAGAGUUACACAGAGAGAGGAGAGGCAGAGAGAGAGAGAGGUCUUCCAUCUGCUGGUUCACUCCCCAAUUGGACACACAGCCAGAACUGCGCUGAUCCGAAGCCAGGAGCUUCCUCUGGGUCUCCCACGUGGGUGCAGGGCCCCAAGGACCUGGGCCAUCUUCUUUCUCAGGCCACAGCAGAGAGCUGGAUCAGAAGUGGAGCACCCGGGACUUGAACCAGCGCCCAUAUGGGAUGCUGGCACUGGAGGUGGCGGCUUUACCCACUACACCACAGCACCAGCCUGCUUAAAUAUUAAUUUAUAAAUUGUGGGUCUGUUCUGCAACCUGCUCAGAUGAAAAUCUGUAGAGUUUUGUCACUGCAUUUAGUUGUCAAUUAUCAGUAUUUAUUACUUUCCAAAAGUGUUUUAUGAAGAGCUACAUUGUUACAGUUUUUGAUAAAAAUAAUUAUUUUCAGUGUUUAAACUUUUCCAUAUAGUUUCCAAGAAACCAGAUAUUCUUGAUCCUUGUUCUUCUCUUUCACGGGCCUUUAGGAUCUUCUUGUGCCAGUGGAUAAUGACAUGGGGACUUUGGGGCUGGCAGUGUGGUAUGGCAUGUUAAGCUGUCACCUGCAGCGCCAGCAUCCCAUAUGGUCCUGGUUUGAGUCUCGGCUGCUCCACUUAAGAUCUAUCUUCCUGCUAAUGGCCUGGGAAGCAGCAGCAGAUCUUCAGUCUCCUUGGGCCCCUGCACUCAUGGGGGGGACUGGAUGCAGUUCCUAACGCCUGACUUCUGCUUAGCCAGCCCUGGCUGCUGCGGCCAUUUGGGGUGUGAACCAGUGGAUGGAUGGAAAAUCUCUGUGUAAUUCUACCUUUUGUAUAAAUAAACCAAUCUUUGGUGGAAAAAAGAUAUGAAAGCCUUUUUCAUUGAUUGCCUGGAGCUGGGAGUCUGAAGUUUUGUGACCUCUAGUUCUGAAGAGGUUCUGUGGCAGUUUCGGCCCCCACUGCCUCUGUUCUCUUUUGGUGGAACUUACUUGUCUCUGGCCCCUCCCUGGGGGCAGUGAUGUGUUCUGGGUUGAUCUAUUUGUUAUGUUCUUGCUCUUAUUUUUUUCCCCCCAUUGAAGCUUCCUUUAUAUUUACUUCUAUUCAUUUACUCAAAUAUUUACUUAUAACUACAUGCUGUGUUAUCUGUGUUCCAGGCAAAUGGAAAUACAGCCAAUAAAGACAAGUGUCAGUCUUCAUGUUGGGCAAAGUGUCAACAUGGGCUAAUGGUAAGUGCUCUAGAGGGGAGCUAAGCAGGGAAAGGGAACGGAGGUGAGGAAGCUGCUUGCAGUAGGGUGGCAUAGAAGGCAGACCUGACAUAGGGACCACAUAGUACUGACAUGUUUGAGCAAGACCUGACAGUCUUGGGGGAGGACAUUCCAGGCAGGAGGAAGUGGAAAGCUUGUGCAUUUGACAGCCAGCCAGAGGCUCCUGUGGCUGGUGUAACCAUCAAAAGAGAGAGAAGGCAGAGGACAACCAGGAGCACAGGAAGGCUAGUUAAGAGCUCUGCAACUGUGGUUUAACUGCCUCUUUAAGAUAAUCAUAGGGGCCAGCGCUGUGGUGCAGCGGGUUAAAGCCCUGGCCUGGAAUGCCCGCAUUUCAUUUGGGCGUCGGUUCCAGUCCCGGCUGCUCUUCUGACCCAGCUCUCUGCUACGGCCUGGGAAAGCAGAAGAUGGAUGGCCCAAGUCCUUGGGCCCCUGCACCCACAAAGGAGACACGAAGCUCCUGGCUUCGGAUCGGCGCAGCUGCAACCAUUGUAACCAUCGUAUGGAAGAACCCUCUCUGUAUCUGUGUCUUUCAAAUAAAAAUAAAUCUUUUUUUAAAGAUUUAUUUAUUUAUAUUAUUUGAAAGUCAGAGUUAUACAGAGAGGAGGAGAGGCAGAGAGAGAGAGAGAGGUCUUCCAUCUGCUGGUUCACUCUCCAGUUGGCUGCAACAGCCGGAGCUGCACCAAUCCAAAGCCAGGAGCCAGAAGCUUCUUCCGGAUCUCCCACGUGGGUGCAGGGGCCCAAGGACUUGGCCCAUCUUGUACUGCUUUCCCAGGCCAUAGCAGAGAGCUGGAUCAGAAGUGGAGCAGCCGAAACUCAAACUGGCGCCCGUGUGGGAUAGCAGCACUACAGGCAGCGGCCUUAGCCAUUACACCACAGCGCCGACCCCACUCAUUUUGAGUUCUCAUGUUUAGUCUCAUAAUAAAUUAAUUUAGAUUUUUCCCACAUUUUCUGGUUACUUUAAGGCCUAUAUGCCUCCAUGGUUCAAGCAGCUGAAUUCUUAGCUGUGUUUUUUCUCCUUGUGUAGCUUUAGUUUAGACCUGUUUGAUUGCUACUCUUCAGAUUUUUGCUGUUUUAACACUGUUGAGUCUGUCAUGGCUUCUUCAUUGCUGUCACUUUAUAUUUCAUUUCCUUCUGUUAACUGUGGCCUUGGGAAACUGGGGAUGUGGAUAUGCCAACCCAUUUUAGUUGUAAUCAGUUUACAUUGAAUUACUAAUAGAGGGAAAAUGUUAAAAGUAGUUUUGAAAAUAACAGGAUGGUAACAUAGCACAACAUGAGUUUUAGCUUUGAAUUAGAGGGAGAUAGAGAUCUUCCAUCCACUGAUUUACUGCCCAAAUGGCACCCAAGCUGGAAGUGGGAACUUGAUUAGGGCCUCCCAAGUGUGUGGUAGGGGCCCAAACAUGUGGGUCAUUUUCUGCUGCUUUCCCAGGCACAUUAGCAAGGAGUUAGGCUCAGCUUGCUCCAUUGCACUAAAAAAGUGUCUCCUCUUCUCUCCAUCGUCUUUGCCCUCAAGAUUUCUACCUGUAACUAUCAUUUCUGUGGAGUUUGAAGUAAGUUUGAAGCUAACGUAAAGCACGUAACUGGAAACCAUCUACAUAGCUAAUGGGUCAAUAAAGAAAAUAUGGCAUCUCUACUCACGGUCUGUGUGCAGCCAUCCACACGUUUAGGUAGAGACUCUAAAGAACUAUGAUUAUGAUGUCUAAUUAUAUUUCAGUUGUGUAGUAAUAGCUCAAAACAAGUUAUACUGAAAGAAUAUUCCAGGGCUGGCGCUGUGGUGCAGCAGGUUAAUGCCCUGGCCUGAUGCGCUGGCAUCCCAUAUGGGUGCCAGUUCAAGUCCCAGCUGCUCCUCUUCCGAUCCUGCUCUCUGCUAUGGCCUGGGAAGGCAGUACAAGAUGGCCCAAAUCCUUGAGCCCCUGCACCCACUUGGGAGACCCGGAAGAAGCCCCUGGCUCCUGAUCGGCCCAGCUCUGGCCGUUGCAGCCAAUUGGGGAGUGAACCAGCAGAUGGAAGACCACUCUCUGUCUCUCUCUGCCUCUCCUUCUCUCUGUGUGUAACUCUUUCAGAUAAAUAAAUAAAUCUUAAAAAAAAAAAAAAAAAGAAUAUUCCAAAAUACUAAGUAGGUUCUAGGCAGUGUGACUUGAUUUUUUUUUUAAUAUAAGUCUUUUUAAGUUUUUUUUUAAUUUACUUAUUUGAGAGGUAUAGUUACAGAAAGAGGGACAGAGAGAAAGGUCUUCCUUCCGUUGGUUCACUCCCCAAAUGUCCGCAACGGCCAGAGCUGUGCCAAUCCAAAGCCAGAAGCCAGGUGCUUCUCCGGGGUCUCCCAUGCAGGUACAGGGGGCCAAGGACUUGGGCCAUCUUCUACUGCCCUCCCGGGCACAGCAGAGAGCUGAAUCGGAAGAGGGGCAGCCGGGACUAGAACCAGCGCCCAUAUGGGAUGCUGGCGCCAUAGGAGGAGGAUUAACCUAUUGCGCCAGCCCCCUGAUCUUACUUUUUAAAAAACUGCUUAAAUGAGCACUUGUGAUUAAAACUGCCUAGAAAAUGAAAGUUAAGUAAGCAGUACAGUGGAUGGAAAACCCAGAUUCUCCGUGCCAGUUGUAUUAGUACAUGUUGUGUUGCUGUAACAAAAUACUGGAGGCUGGCUGGUUUAUCAGGAAAACAGGUUUAUUUGGCUGCCGAGUCCAGUGGCCGGGAAGUCCAAACAGCAUGGUGUUGGCCUCAGGUGAGGGCCCCUGACUGCAGGAAGGGAAACAGCCGUAUGCAGAAGAGGGCAAGUGUGUGUCUGAGAACUCAGCAAGUUGUGGGAGGACUCCACUUACCUCGUUGAAGGCCUCACCACUUCAAUACCAUUACCUUGCACAGGAACCUUUAGGGGACAAACCACAGCACCAGUCAUCAUGUUACCUCCAAGCAACUCAAUGCCUUGUGUUUAUGAUCUGAAACUUGAAGGGCUGCAGGAUUUUCAAGCCAAUUUGAAUUAAACAUAAUGGAGGCCAGGCUGAAAUAGUGAAUGUUCAAAAAUAAAAACUAUCACAAGUAAGGCACUGGUGUAGUGGCUAAGAUACCUGCAUCCCUUAUGAGUGCCUCCUAUGAAUCCUGGCUACUCUGUUUCUGCUCCAGCUUCCUGCGAACGCAUCUCCUGGGAAAAGCAGAUGGCUCAAGUGCUUCGUUCCCUGCCACCCAGGGAACUCCAGGCGCUUGGCUUCCAAACUGGCACAGCUCUCUCUUCUUGCAGUGUUGGGGAAUAAAACAGUGCACGAAAAGAUCUGUUUCUCAAAUGAAAAUGAAAAUUUAAAUAGGCUAAGGAAGCAAUCAGGAAGCAACUUUCUCAAAUUUAGUGGGAAGCAGAAAGUGAAAAUAUAAGCAUAUUUAAUUAGUUUCCAGGAAAGAGAUACCGGAGGAAAGAGCUAGAAAAAUCUAAGCCCACUGGAAAGUAGUCAUGAGUGUGACUUCUCUUGGGAAGCCAGGAAACACCAGUGAGCAUUUCAGUCAGCUGAAGCAAGAGAUGGAGAGGAGGCAGGAUCGGCAUCCUUUAACCAAUUUAACUUUUAGCAAAUAAACAGUUUUAACAGGAUCACCAAAGGAUUUAUGGGCAUUUUACACAGGUAAAUUUUAUCCUUUCCACUUGGCCCUUAAUAGGUUCACAACCCUCAUGUUCUUUUAGCAUACUCAGACUUCCUUCCUUCCUUUCCCAAUCUCUUAACCUUAUAAAUAAUCGUCCAAUGAUGACCCUCAGCCAGGUGCCAUAAUCCUGUUCCCAUUAACUCAUUUUCUUUUCCUCUACCUAAAUUCAAAUCAAUUUUAUUUCAGGGAGUCAGUGCCCCCAGAGUUUUCUCAAUACUUCUGCACAAUGCAACAUCUUUCUCUCAACCUAAACUCCAUUACGGAGUGAAGAUACAGACUGGGGAUGAAAACUGGCAAUCAAGAGAGACAAACUUACAAAGCAAGCCUAAAAUUACAUAAAGCGGGAUAAAAUAUUAUUUAGUGACUGAAAACUAAAAUUCAGUAUCUUAGGGAAAAAAACCUAUGGAAUAGAGCUGGAGAUGCAGUCAGUCACUUUCAAUGCUCCCCUACUACUGACUUCAUUAAACAAACACCUGGAAAGAUCAUUAUUUGAAACAAAGAAAACCAGCCAUGCUAAUAAACCCUUCAGUGACUAUUAUCUUGACCUGGAGUCAUUGUUUUAAAAAACAAUAAACCUGGAAGAGAGGGCCAAGCCUUUAUUUGGCCUAGUGGAUGACACCACUUGGGAUGUCUGCCUCCUCUAUCAGUCCCAGCAUGGCUCAGGAUUCCAGCUUCCUGCUUGCCUGUGUGCUGAGGCAGCAUGUACUUGGAUCCCUGCCACCCAUGUGGAACACUUGGACUGAAUUUCUGACUCCCACAUUUCGCCUAGCCCAGCCCCAAGCCACUGCAGGCAUUUGAGAAGUAAUCAGUAUCAACUCUGCCUCUCAAAACAAAAUUUGUCUUUUGGUUUAAUUUCCUUGUGAUGAUACUAUAAGAUUUCCCUUUUUGAGAACUUGUUAUUUACCCCCAAAGAACUCACUGCUAAACCAUUUUCCAGAUUUUUACUGAACUUUUUUAUCUGGCCAGCCACUGCCCAGGUAUGACAGCUCACUGGAAUGCCAUUUGUUAGCUGUGACUUGACAUUUAAAGCUCCAGCUCCAUGAAGAGUUCACACAGGCAUUCCACAUGAGAGCCGUUCCAUCUCUGUAAUGCAGACUUUGAAUUGGUUGUAAAUACUGUAUUGACAAAAUCAGUUUUGCCAUUUGAAAUCAUCAGUGCAAACCCUGGCAAAUACAGCCUCUUCCAAUUCUAAUGUAAUUGGGUAAUUCUCAAUUAUUAGACUUUGGUACAGAUUAGCAAAAUAAUGGCACCUCUGCCAAAGCAGAACAAGUUUUAAGCAAGUCAUCCUGUUGGUGGUUCAAGCUGCAUGUAAGUUCAGCCAAAAUUCACUAGAUUUAUAUUAAAUUCUAUACAGACAUAUUGCAUAGUGGGCAAAUGUUGGACCUAGAUGAAGAAACUGAAGAUCAGCAAAGUCCAGGCUAGAAUUAAUACUUGGGAUUGACCCAUUCCAGAGCCCGUCCCACAGUCCCAUGCAGACCACAAAGACUGCCUGCCUAUCUGGAAGCAGAAUGAACAGUCCCAGCUCUCCAGAUUACUCUGUAUUUGGGAUUAGAGCCUAACCAAGGUUGUUCUUUCAAAUACAUAGAUUAAGCAAUGCGAAGACCCUACAGUUUACUGCAUUUAUCAUCAUAUGCCCAUCCCUCUAAAAUUUGUCAGAUAGUUACCUCAUUUUUCUUGUUAAUGUGAAGCCUUAACUGCUUGUCCAGAGAAGAAUAUCCAGAAAUAAGAUGUAAACCAUUUCAGGGGAAAACAUGCAUGCAUUUAUUUUUAAGAAUUCCCAAUAAGGGGGGAAAAGUUCAACAUCUUUAAAAAUGUGUUUAUUUUUUUUAAAAAUCAGUUGUGUACAAAAGUGUUUCGUAGUUUUUAAGUCUCAAGACAAAUACCCCCAACCCUCCACCCACAGCCCACCCUGCUGUGAUGGUAUUUCUGGUAACCCACCCAUUUUUCCCUUACAGGAAGUUAACGGCUCAGAAUAGACCUCCUACAGAAAGUAUCAUCACUAACAGACUGUUUAGGAUAGAGACCGAGAGAAGCUAACAAGCACGGUUCUUUCUCAGUGAGGUUAAUGAAAAUCCCUACAACGGCAGUAGACUUCCAGCAGACACCACAACAAAGCACCAUCAAUUGCUGAAAGCUAAAAAAUAGAUAUUAUUUUCAAUAGUAUUUCAUUUUCUAUUGGAAAAGUCUUUAAAUUACAUUAAAUAAGUCUCUUCCCCCCCCCCCCA